AUGACUGACGCUAGAUUAAGCAAAGAAGCAUACAGCCAAGUAUCUCGACUAAAAUUAUUGAAUGCAACUAGCUCAGAUCCCAAGUUUGUACUUGAGAAAUCACAAUUUGAUGCGCAAGAUAAUGAAACAGAAGCAACUGCUUCAUCGAUUCAACCAGAUAUGCUUAUUAUUGGACGAAUAUUUCCAGAUUCAGAAGUAUUCAAAGAAGGCGCAUUUAAAAUUGAAAUAAAAUUAAAAGUAGGGUAUCCAUUUGAACCACCUGAAGUACGUUUUCUUACUCCAAUUUAUCAUCCAAAUGUUGACAAAGAUGGUACAUUUUCUCAUGAGUUAUUAAAUAAACAUGCUAAAUACAAGUCUAUAAUUACUUUGCAUGAAAUUGUGAAAGCUGUGAUUGAACGUAUUGAUAAACCAGAUCUUCUGUGUCCACUUCGCGCUGAGGUUGCUCGUGAAUAUGCCCAGAAUCGAUCUGAUUUUGAUCUUAUAGCACUGGAGAAUGUCAAUAAACAUGCUUUACCACGUCGCUAA